AUGGCCAAUUCCUCCUCUAUCACUGAGUUCUUACUGCUGGGCUUCUCCAGCUUUGGGGAAUUGCAGCUUGUCCUCUUUGCGGUCUUUCUCUGCCUCUAUUUGAUUAUCUUGAGUGGAAACAUCAUCAUCAUCUCGGUCAUUCAUCUGGAUCACAGCCUCCACACACCCAUGUACUUCUUUCUAGGUAUUCUUUCUAUCUCGGAAAUCUUCUACACAAUUGUUAUUCUGCCCAAGAUGCUUAUCAACUUAUUCUCUGUACUCAGGACACUCUCCUUUGUGAGUUGUGCCACCCAGAUGUUCUUCUUCCUUGGUUUUGCUGUCACUAACUGUCUGCUUCUGGGAGUGAUGGGUUAUGAUCGUUAUGCUGCCAUCUGCCAGCCUUUGCAAUAUGCUGUUCUCAUGAGCUGGAGAGUAUGUGGACAACUGGUAGCAACUUGUAUUAUUAGUGGUUUCCUAAUAUCUCUGAUGGGAACAACUUUGGUCUUUAGCCUCCCUUUCUGUGGCUCCAACAAGGUCAACCACUACUUUUGUGAUAUUUCACCAGUUAUCCGUCUUGCCUGUGCUGACAGCUACAUCAAUGAGCUGGUCAUCUUCAUCUUCGGGGUCUUGGUGCUUAUUGUGCCCUUGAUAUUUAUCUGCAUUUCUUAUGGCUUCAUUGUCCAUACCAUUCUGAAGAUCCCAUCAGCUGAAGGCAAACAAAAAGCGUUCUCCACCUGUGCGUCCCAUCUCAUUGUAGUCAUUGUCCAUUAUGGUUGUGCUUCCUUUGUCUACUUGCGACCCUCAGCCAAAUAUACUUCGGGCAAAGAUAGGCUGGUGACAGUAACCUAUACCAUCAUCACCCCACUGUUGAACCCCAUGGUAUACAGCCUCAGGAACAAAGAUGUGCAGCUGGCUAUUCGGAAACUGAUUGGAAAGCCUGGAUUUUCUCUUAAGACACUAUAAUCAGAAUACUUUCCAACAUUAUGGACACCAUUAGACCAAUUGUGUCACGAUUAUUUAAAUCAUGAGAUUAUCUAGUCUAUUUAUCUAACUGUGAGGCCUUGAAUUGUUUGACAUUUGGGGCCUACAUGUUCUAUGUAAAGCAGAGAUAGCAAUAUUUUCUUCCUGGAGUCAUUGUAAUUAAGAGAGAUUACAAAAUAUCUGGCAAUAGAGUAUAACUCUCCUCCUCUUUCCGUUCUUCCUCUGGAUUUAAAGUCCUCAAAAAGGUCUUAACAGCCAUCAUUUUUUGCCCUAUAUUUGUCUUGUUUGACCAAAAUGUCUGAUUGCACUCUGUUUAAGGUUAUGUCCAGCUUAAAAUGAGGAGUCCAGGCCUGAAGGUGGCUUAGAUCUAGUGGUAUGACAUGGCAGGCAAAACUGUACCAUAUGGGUAAUUAGAUGAUUUAAAACUGCACACUGGUUAGGUCAUGACUGAAGCUUUGACUCUUCUCUGAGUCUAAAUUCUAAUAUAUGGAAAGUAGGGAUAAUGUAAUUUUCCUGUUCUACGUCGUGGGGAUUUUAUUUGUAUCUUAUAAACAGUAUAAAAGAAAGUGUAAAAGCAGUGCAAAAUGUUAAACUACAUACAAUGUAGAACCCAUAUCAAGCAAGUUUUGCAUAACUGAGAGGAUUUUAUUUCUUUCAAGUUCUUCAAAACAGGUAUUUUGGAAUGGCUUUUCUGACUGCUCCUUUGAACCACUUCUUACAUAACAUAGAAGUUAUGCUACGUAACAUAGAAGUUAUGCUACAUAAUGGAAUGGAAAAUAAUAUUCAACCAUUCUGUCCCAUCUCGGGCUAAAGGUAUCUACAUGGCUUUUCACACUGAAUUUAUUAGGAAGAGGAAGCUACUCAAUUUCAAAUUUAUCAAGUGAGUAUAUAAGAUUUGAGAGAGAAGUACUUUGAUGAUCAUCUGGUCCGAUCUCUGACCUGUACAGAAAUUUCUUCAACGGUAUCUGUAAAGUAAACCCUUCUCCACUGAUUGGGCAUCAAUGACCUUACAAAAUGUAUGUUCCCAUUGCACUCAGCUCUUACUAUUAUUCCCUCUCAUUUCAGCUGAUGUUUGCCUCUGCUUUUCACACAUUCUAUCUCUUGUGUCAUACGGUAAGUUGAGUCCUGAUUCCCAGAUGUUUGAGACAGUUAUGAUGACAAUCUGAACGUUUUCCAUAACUUAUGUGGCCUGAAUUUCAGAUGCCUCACUAUCCUGGGUGCAGUUCUCUAGCUAUGCUGUAGAUUAUCAGUUUUCUUGUAAAAGAAUAAUGAAUAAAACUGAAGUUCA